UGACAUGAACCCUUUGUGUAUCUAUUAUCUAUGACAUGAACUUAACCUAUCAACGCAAACACGAAAUUAUGUAAUUUUAUUAUUGGGAAUAGGCACCCUCAUGAAAUUGUGCUUAACCAGUAACUGCUUUAGUGGUAAUUUUUUCCUAGUGAAAUGAAAUACUAUGUUUAAAUUUGUGUGUAUCAAACAACUGUAUGUACGAAAUAACUUGAUAACUAUUAGUAGUUCAGUCGGCUUUUUAAAGAAUCCUGUUAAAUGUUCACUACAGGAAGCAAAUUAUGUUAACCAGACCUCCAAGAGACCUACAACUGUUGCAGUAGAACAUGCUUUAAAGGAAGUAUUAUCAGAUAAGCCCAAAGUUCCUCCACCAUGGAGACCAACGCCGUCUACAGAUCAGUCAAACAUUAUCAAUCAUUAUUUAAGAUUGUCAAAGAUUCGUUUAACAGCCUUGGUGGUAAUUACUACUAUGGCAGGUUAUGCUGUGGCUCCAGCUCCUUUCGAAUGGACCACUUUUGGAGUGUGUAUGGCAGGGACAAGUUUGCUGUCUUGUGCAGCGAAUUCGGUUAAUCAAUUCCACGAAGUUCCUUUUGACGCUCAAAUGUCCAGAACUAAGAGCAGGGUGUUAGUGUGCGGGCGUUUAACACCAUUACAUGCCAUGACAUUUGCCACAGUAUCGAGCAUAGCUGGUUUAAGCUUAUUAUACUAUGGCGUAAACGGUUUAACUGCAACAUUAGGACUUACAAAUUUAUUACUUUACACUGCCAUUUACACUCCUUUAAAACGCAUGAGUAUUCUUAACACAUGGGUGGGUUCCAUUGUGGGUGCCAUUCCUCCUAUGAUGGGUUGGGCUGCCUGUGCAAAUAGCCUGGACGCUGGUGCUUGGUUGAUGGCCGCCCUUCUGUACAGUUGGCAAUUUCCUCAUUUCAACGCUUUAUCGUGGAAUCUAAGACCCGAUUAUUCAAGAGCUGGCUAUCGUAUGAUGGCUGUGACUGACCCAGGUUUGUGUCGGAGAGUGGCAUUAAGGCACACGAUUGCUAUUGCUGGAAUGUCGGCUGCUGCGCCUCUAUUGGACACAACAACUUGGUGGUUUGUUUUAGAAACUAUACCAUUAAAUGGGUAUUUUAUUUAUUUGGCUUAUAAGUUUUAUAAAGAUUCGUCAAGCGCAUCAUCUAGAAAACUUUUCCGAUUUUCACUUUUACAUCUCCCAAUACUUAUGAUUUUGUUUUUAUUAAAUAAGAAGAAAUGGUAUGUGUUUGAAAAGUUUAAGAGUAAGAAAGAAGAGGAACUUGAAGAAAUCGAAUUUGUUAAAAAUACGUAGUUUUUAAAAUGUAUCAUGUUUGUAAAUAAAGUAUAUUAUUUAAAUAAGA